AUGGAGGAACUUAAAGAUGAUCUUCGCGAAGAUAGAUCAAUUCUUCGGAUUGCUACGGUAAGGGAUACACGAGAUCUCGCUUGGAUUGCUGCGACUGCCACUCCCUGCGAUGCCCUGCUUCUGCCCCUCCGAAUAGCGACAUCGCCAGCCCUGAUACGAACCUACCUUCGCACCGUCCUCCUCUUCAUCACCUCUACCAUCCUCUUCGCCUUCGCAGUCGUCGCAUACUCGUCCUUCUACUACAACUACAUACCCGUGCGCGGCAUCUCCGUACCCGUAUACCUCCAAUUCGACCAUGGCCCAAUCCUUUCUCCCACAACUACCACACGUUCAGAUGGCAACAGCCUACCGAUCGGCAAGCCCGCAAAGUGGCCCUACGGCCUCGCCAACAUACCGGGCCUGGUAGACCGCCAGAAAUACGACGUCGUCGUUGAAAUGGAAGUACCCAGGAGCGAGACCAACUUGAAGGCCGGCAACUGGAUGGUGGGACUGGAAUUGCGGGGCCCCACGACAAUAGGACAAGGCGUCAAGCAUCUCCUCGGCUGGGACGAAGAAUGGAGCGUCGAGGACCAUAGCCAAGGUGGUAUACCGGGUGCUACGGCCGAGAAGGUCGUUACAGAAGGUACGACGAGCGAGACGCCUACCGUACUAGCUAGAAGUCGCAGACCGGUUCUCCUAACGUAUCGGAGUCGGGUGCUCGAGAUGGUGUAUAGGGGGUUGAGGCUGCCGCUGUAUCUGGUGGGGUGGCAUACGGAAUCUGAAGCUGUUGAGAUUAGCAUGAUGGAGGGUGUCAUGUUUGAACCGGGCUAUCGUAAUGUACCGUCGAGCUUGAGGUUGGAAGUACGAAGCAAACUUCCAAUCGAGGUUUACCGGGCUAGUGUUAGGAUCAGUGCAAAGUUGGAGGGGUUCAGGUGGUUGAUGUAUCGAUACUGGAUCACCAGUGCGAUUGUUGGUAUUCUCGCGUUCUGGGGCAUGGAGAUGGGCGUUUUACUCUUCACAUGGGGCGCUUUUACCUUGCUGUUUAGUUCAGGUUCGACGACGACGCCACCUGAAGAAACCCAGCGACGACGGAAGAUCAAAAACGAGCAAGGCGAACCGUUUCCUAAACUCGAACCUAGGGAUGAUAAUUCGGAACCAGGCACACCUUACAGCGACACAAGUCGUACAUUUCCCACACUACCUUCCCAGCAACCUCUCUCGUAUAGCUCACCGAGUCCGAAAGAAGAAUAUGGAUCCCCCAGGCUGGAAGACAUACCUACGAGAGAGGACAUGGAGGCUGAUGACGAGGAAGAUGAUGAUUUUAUCGUUGAAGAGCCGGUUCCUAGGGGUGUGGAGAGGGAGGGUGUGUUUACGGAUUCGGGGAUUGGGACGAGUUUAGAGAGUAGUAUUGAGAGGGGGCUGGCUAGGAGGAGGAGUGGGAGAUCAAAGGGCAAGGGUGGUGAGGGUGGAGGUUAG